AACAGAUGAGUCUUUCUCCAGACGGAUCGACAGUGUGCACGCGGGGGCAUUAGAGUGUUGGGAAAUUAAACUCCAAGUGACCUUUUGGGCAAUUUGUCUCGGGAGUUGCGUGAUGAAUGAUUCCCUUUCUUGCAAUUUAAUGGUGCUGCAAUUGUUGUGGAUCUGAAGGGGAGGGAGUCGUUGCCUAAUCGCCUGCUCUUUGUCGUCAUUUGCUCAAACACAAGAAUGUCGUGCAAUGUGUGUGACUUUGAGGUAUAUCACGGGCUGUCGAACAUUUUCAGCUAGUCAAUACCUCCGGACACUCGCGAUUGGAAGCACCUCGUCAUUCUUUCACCUGACGUGACAAUUUAUUUUUUUUCUGCCCCAUCGACCUGAUAUAGAGUGCUUAUACCCGUUUCGCCAGCUGUUCAGUGCGCGGAGAUUUUGUGAUAAACACCCUCAUCCGGAUUGACAAUCCAUAGAGAGUGCGCUGAGAGACAAGAAAACUGUGAUCCCUUUUGUCGUGCUGGAAAAUCACUCAAGCUGCCCAGGAGUGCAAUCUUGCCGUGAUUGCCACCAUAGAGAUUUUGUGAAAGUGUUUUAAUGCCACGCGAUAGCCGAGACUGGAAGUCUUGGAGUGUUUCAUAACAAAUCUCUCGCCAAAGAGACACACAGCGAGUGAGGCUGAAAGUGAACAAUCAGAGAGACGGAGUCUCGCGUGAGGAAAGAGCCAUUUCUUGGGUUAACCUUCAGUGGAGAGAGAGACAGUCUUGCGUGGGCGUUUUUGGAGAAUCCAGAAGCGACUAUCGAUUGCUCAUCGCCCGUCCACGUGGUCGAGGAGGAUUUUGCGCGCGCAAUUUUGCCCAGACUCUGCUUGGCGCGAAAUCAUUCAGCUGUGAUUGCAUCAAAGCAUAAAUAUUAGCGAAAAGAAUUCCCAACCAUGUUGACUGACUUUGAUGAAAUGCCCGCCAUCAAACUGGGCGAAUACACACUGACUUUCGAGCUGGAUCCUCUAGGGCCAGUGGGUCAGAGUAUUGCAGAGAGAGAACUGCGGGAGACACCGGAGAGACAGCAAAAAGCCACCGAAGAGCUUCGCACUUUACUUAAAGAGGAAAAAGACUUGGUGCUGCCGCUGGACAAUGAUGGUUGGCUCAUCAGGUUCUUAAGGCCGUGUAAAUACUACCCGGAAAGUGCCAGAAACCUUGUGAAGAGCUACUACGGGUUUAAGGUGAAGCAUAAGGAUCUCUACGAUGGACUGGUGCCAUCGAAGGAGGCCAACAUCUUCAAGCACAACAUCAUCACGGUGUUCCCCAACCGCGACCAGCUCGGCCGGCGAAUCCUGCUGCUGGAGCUGGGCAAGCGGUGGAAGCACAAGGAGGUGAACCUCGAUGAGGUCUUCAAGGGCUGUGUGCUGUUCAUGGAGGCCGCCAUGGUGGAGCCCGAGACGCAGGUGCACGGCGCAGUGGUCAUCUUCGACAUGGACGGAUUGUCUCUGCAGCAGACGUGGCAGUUCACACCACCGUUCGCCAAGAGGAUUGUCGAUUGGCUGCAGGAAUCUGUUCCUUUACGAGUGAAAGGAAUUCACAUCAUCAACCAACCCAAGCUCUUCAACAUCGUCUUCGCGCUCUUCAAGCCCUUCCUCAAGGAGAAGCUGCGCAACAGGAUCUACUUCCACGGCUCAGAUCGCGACUCGCUGCACAACCACAUCUCGCCCAAGUGCCUGCCGCCCGCGUACGGGGGCACCAUCGAGAUGCCCCGCGUCACGGGCGAUCAGUGGUACCAGCUCCUGCUCAAGUGCGACCAGGAGUUCUGCGCGAUCAACAGCUACGGCUUCAAGCAUCUUAUCGCCAAGUGAGCUCAUCACUUCUUUCGCUGUACAAUAAACUCUAGUUGUAAUAAAGGGUAUUAGAAUUUACGGACUUGCCGCAGAAUCUGCUGAAAGGUUUGCAUUUUCACUCUCAGUCGCGUCUCGCAUCUACAAACCUGUCCUGCAAAGUGUUGACUCUUCGCGCAAGUAAAUUACAACUUACUUCUGCAGCAACCCGAUGAUUAUCUCAUUAUGGAAAAAUAAAGAAAACCUCCACGAACAGGUCAAUAGCUAAUCUCCGGGUUCUUUCCAUUUCUCCGAAUGCAAUUCGGUUGUUAAUUAAUUUUGGGAACGCGAUAAUUAUUUCCUGGUUUUUUUUCUCCCCCGAGUGAACUCUGGAGAUUUGAUAAUGGGGGAGUAUUUUUUCGACUUCGUGUCUGCCUUCCAGAGUUCAUUAUUUCGCCUUUCUUGCUUCCAACUGAUAACUAACUCAGUGCUUUUGAUUGCAUUUUUUCUCUCUUGUGUGCUGUUAAUUAAUCCAUAAAUGAUCUAAAAUGGGGUCAUUGAUUUUUCAUCACUGAAAAAUUCAUAGUUGAUUCUUGAGUGAAGCUAUGCAAGUGUUUUUUGAACAAUUGUACAGUUUUCACGUGUUUCGAGAUGUGUCUUGGCUCAGCAAUUGCGCUCUCAUGUGUUGAAGAGGAAAGACUAUUGGGGCUAAACACAGUUAAAUAGCGUUAUAAUAGAGUAGUUGAAAUGAGUUUAAACAUCGCCAAAUCGGGCUUUGGAGAGACAGAUUCACUCAGAUUACAUCAGAACCGGUUGUGAUUUUCAAUAUUACAUGAAUAUUUAUCAAAUGGCAUUUAAAUUCAGGCGGAUUCAUCAGAAUCAAAGCGUGGGAUCUUCACAGUCAGUAACGAAACACAGUCAAAAGCAGCAUAAAAGUGUGUGAAGUUGAAAAACCAAAAGAAAGGUAAUGAAAAGCAGUAUUUUUUGUAGUUCUUUAUUACUUUUAUUUUCUUGCAUUCAAUAAUAUAUCAGGAAAUACAUACAUAUAUUGAUAAAAUAUCGAUUAAGCAGCAAAAAUUGUAAUUUUGUAUAAUAUAUGUAUAUAUAUGUAUGAUGUAUAUAUGUAUAUAAUAAAUAUAAUGUAUAAUCCAUAAAACCCUGAUCAAAAAAUUUCAGGCGUUUUACAUUUUUUUCUUACUUUUUGAAUAUUCUUUUUUUUUCAUCCAUCCUCUUUCUCUUCUCAUUAAACUUUUAUGAUUAUUACUUUUUUUCAACACUUGUAAAUUCUAAAUUUUAAUCAUUCGCCAGGUGUUAUGUUGUAAGGUGUGUAUGAAAAAACCACUUAAAAUUGCGAUCAAAAAACAUCCUCAUAUGAAGACAAAAUUUUCAAUAUCUCUAAAAUAUUUUUUUUGUGAUGGUUUCUCAUCAUUUUUUUUCCACUCCACAUUUCCAUUUCCUCACUAAGAUUUUUUUUUCUUCUUUAUAUUUAGUGGUGUUUUCAAGGGUGUUUUUUCAUCUAUCAAUAUUUUCAUCGUUCUCAUUUAUGAUUUACUAGAUAAUUAUUAAUUUCAAUCAAGUGUGAGAAUAAAUGUUCUGUUAGAGACUUUUUCAGCUACGUGGCUUCUACUUAAGGUUUUACAUACAAUAAAUACGUAUUUUUAUUUUUAUUUUUUUUUCAUUAAAAUUGUGUUUUCUCGCCCUUUUCUCACCUUCUCAAGAAUCUAUAUUUUUUCUUUUCUUCUAUGUUUUAUAUAUACUUGAAUCAUGAACAAUAGUUAAUUUAUUAUUAAUUAAAUUCGUUAGACAAAGACGACUAAGACACAAGUAAUGUUUCACGUGUUUUUUUUUUUCUUCGUUUACUCUAUUCCACAAUUCUAUCUUCUCCUCGGAAACAUGGAAAGUCCACUCUAUAUAGUCAAACUGCAAUGCUCCAAAAUCCUCUCUCUAUGUACUCACUAUUAGGGCAGUUAUUUACACAGAUAAUCUUAUGUUUCAUACUGGGAUUCCUUCGAGAAAUGCUCAGGUUUGUGGUAAAUAGUUUUAUUCUUUGAUAGAAGAGUAUAUAAGAUAUUUUUUUCCUUUCUCAAUUACCAACCCUAAUUCCUUAAAUUAUCCCUUCGCCAGAGCCAACGAAAACUGAUAUUUCGCCAUUCUCUCUUCGGGAGGGAAAAUGAUUUUGUGAUAUGUACUUGUGCUCAUUCAUUUCUGCAGUUCCGUCUUAAAGGUGCUUCUGAGGCAUUUUUAGUUCUUCAUCUUCUUUUUCUUUUCUUUUUUUGAUUCAAUAAAUGGUUUUCCAACAAAUGUUGCGUUCUUUUGAAUGACUUAGUCAUACUAAAAGUAACAGAUAAUAAAAAUUAAACAAGUCAAGGCCUAGCAAGUUGGUUUUCUCUCAUUUUUUUUUUGAUAACACACACACGAAUAAAUGAAUAUGUGGCACAGAGUUUCUUCAUAAAUUUUUCUCUUACAAAAGAAAUACCUCUUGAUAUUACAUUUACAAUAACUCUAAAUUAGAAGGUAAAUAAAAACGAGUUUUUUUUAUGAGCAAAUACUUAUCAUUUCUUCUCAUCUUCCAAUUGUUAUGCUACAUUUAUCUUCACUUAAUCUUAUUAUUGUAUAUGCUAUAGCCUAUGCCUUAUCCAAUAAACAGCAAUAACUAUCAAAAAAUAUUAUAGAAUUAUACAUCAACUUGUCAUCUCUAGAAAAAAAAAUAUUCAUAAACACUCUGACGCAUGUUUAGUUCUCUCACUACUCUUCGCUUGAUCAACACCCAAAGUAAAGCAAUAAUAGUUUAUCAUGUUUAAAAGCUAACCGAAGACGAGGUUCAGAACAAGAUCAUUUUCUCUCUCUCUUGCCAAACAUCGUUGAUCGUUACUUAGUAUAUAAAUAAAAAACAAAACUUCAAAAUAUUUGUACUAAAACGCUGACUACGAAAAGGGAAAAAAACAAAGAAUAUAUUGUAAAUAAUAGUAUUACAGAGACACAAAAUUAUGUAAAAUCACCUCUUAGGUUCUGGUUACAGAUAUAAUUCUUUUAAAACGGCGGUUUUGUUACACAUGUUUUGCAAAGUAAAAAUAAAACACAUUUACUGCAAUAUUAUUGUAAUUAAUUAUUAAAAAAAAACACCCUUACUCUUUAAUCCUAGUAUAAAUUGUGGAAUGUAAAGUUGCAAUCUCUUAGCUGAACUAGAUAUUUUAUGUUGUAAAAAAUGUGUAAAGCGACUUGCGUGUUUGUAAAAAGAAACAAAGACUAUAUUCAAAAAAAAAAAUUCGAGAUUCUCAUUAUCAUAAAAUAAACAGGGGUUUUAGGGCAAAAAUUGAAAAAAUAAAAAUAAACACAUAUCGUUUUCAGAUAGGGAAACAUAAAAGUCACAACCAUUUGUGGUUUCCAUUUCAUCUUUUAUCCUCGCAAUUCAUUCCUCGCACUUGUAUUAUAUCAUUCUUCGCAAUAAUCUUCCUCAUCCAAAACAUCUCCAUUUUCUUUUUGUGUAUUUAGUUCUUAAAAAGCUUGAAAGUAUCAUUUUAUUGCUUCUCAAUUUGUUUCCUAUUUUCUCUAUGUUACCUUAAAACUUUCCAUAUUUAAUUGUUUUUUCUUUCUUUAGUCAUUACAAUUUUAGUCACAAAUGGUUCUUCAAAGUGGUCACCAGUUGCAAAGGUAAAUUAAUUUGGUUUACAUUUGAUUAUGUGUGAUUUUUUUUUAGUAAAUAUUCUUUUUUUUUUGUUUUCUUUGAAUCUCACGUGUGACAUUUUCGUUAAAAAUAUCUCUUUUAUCCUUUUGUGAAAAAGAAAAGGUAUAUUUCAUUUAGUGAAAUUUUUCAUUGCUUCUUUUCUCAAUUUUUUUUUGUUGGUUUCAUCUCUAAACAAGUUAACUCAUAAAUCUUUCCAUUUAAGCCCUCAAUAGACUGUUUCCUUAUAAUCUAAUUUAGUGACUUAUUUGUCCAUCUUUCUUUGUCAUCCGUGUCAAUUCGGAAAUAAGCAUCAAUUCCAAAUCUUAGGAAAUCAUCUUCUCUCACUUCUUCACUGCUACUUUGCAAUUGUGACGUAUACAACAAACACCUAAAAAUUUGUUUACGUGGUAAAAUGGAGUGACACAGCUUUCAUUGAAGGAAAUUUUCAUCAAAUAUUCUCUUACAUCAUAAGUGCUAACAUGUAAUCUUAUCAUUUUUUUUCCACCAGUGUAAUAAAUGUUUUCUUUCUAUAUUUUUACCUACAGCAAAGAUUUUCUUCUUUUUUUUGGUACAAUAAAAUUCUCACUUUUUCACUCACUUGCUCCCCAAAUUAAUAAGAUGUUUACGUCUUCGAUUCUCUAAAAUACUAUUACGGCAACACUCAUAUUUCUAUUCUGUGGUCAUGUCAUUAAACGUGAUUCCACCAAGUUUAUUCCAUCAGCUACAUAAUUAUUAAUGCAUGUAAUAAGACAAGGCAUUAAAUUUUUUCAUCAAAAGAUCCUAAAGAAUGACUUCAAAAAUGAAAAGGAUUUUACAUCUUUAGAUAUUUGACCACGUUUAAUUUUUCUUUCUCUCUUCAUUUAUCUUGUAAAUACAUUUUUAUUGAUUUUAUUUUAUUUAGUAUUGUCUUUGCUAGCUGUCAAUAUAGAAUUUUGACCAAUUUCUGAAGAAAGUUCGAGAGAAAUAAAGUGAGAAAGAGAGAGUCACUUUUGUCAGAGAAGAAGGAAAAAAGUUACGAAGCAAAGAGUUUUGAGAAAUAUGAAAUGUGCUUUUUUCCAUUUUAUAGACUUUUCAUGUUUUCACACACAUUAAUGAAAAAAUAUCAUUAAGAAAGUAUAUUUCACAAUGAUUUCCUUACACAGUUUUUUUUUCACUAAAUAUCAUUUAUACUUUAUAAAUAGCAUUUAAUAGGGGAAGACAUAAAAUAUGAGGCGUAUUUUUCGUUAAACAAUUUUUUUUUUGUAAAUAUUUUUGUCAAUUUUUUUUGUUACAAUUGUAUGUAUAUUUGUGCAAUAGCACAUUUAAUUUCUUUCUCUGCUCCCUUCUACUCCAAAUACUCUAAUAGUGUGUAUAGUUUUUAUUAUUAUUCCACAUUUACUUCACUGGUAUUUUUUUUCAUCAUGACUACAUUUGAGAACAUCAAUGUUUUUUUUUAUUUUCUUCCUCUUCAUCUCUUCGCCCAAUGUCAAAUUGUUACAAUUGUUUAGAUACGAAGAAAAAUUUGUGUGUAUCAUUUUUUUUGAGUAAUAUAUAUAUAUAGUUAUUUUUCACAUUACACUUCUCUCUCAUUAUUUUCCGUUAAACUUUCUAAGUGUAUAUAUUAAUAUUUUUUUGGGGCGGGUAAAAAACAAAUAAAAAACAAUGCAGUGUAAAAUUUUGUUAAUAUGGAUGGAAUGACUAUACAAUUCUUUUUUUUAUCAUUACUAUAUUGUUUUUUUUCCUUUCUUCCUCUAUAUAUCUAAGUAUAUAAGACAAUGCAGAAGAAUGCAUAGCAUUUGUGCACCAAUUGGAAUUUUCACUCACGAGGCUCACAAUCAUUUGGCGGAAGGAUUUUCAAGGAAAAAAAAGAGAGAAUACACCAUUGAAGAGAUGUGGGACUUUAGAAAGGGGUUCACAAAUGCCUUUCAUUCUUAAUGCAUUCACAUUAGCAUGUAUAUAAUUGAUAAAAGAUUACUAAAAUAUGUUUUAAUGUAAAAGGUGUGUUGGUGUGAACAACAGUUACACUCUAAAAUGUAAAUUCAUUUAUUUAUUAGCUACACUUCAUCGUCACUCAAUUUAUAUUCUAAUAUAGCCUCAGUGGUCGAGAGAUAUUUUAUGAAAAAAAUUGCAGUUUAAUCGUCCUUUUAGUCAAUAUUGUUGUUUAUCAACGUAAAACAAAGCAUCUUAUCCUCAGUUAUUUUUUUUUGAUCAAUGUCACUAUGCGUUAAUUUUCUGCCUUACAUUAUUCUAUUGCUCAGAAGAGAACCAUAGAAUUACAAUUUUUGCAAGUCCUUACACUAUUGAUUCCUUUUCCAUUGUUUAAUCCUAUUGUCUUCACUCAAAAAAUCUGUAUUUUUUUGGUGUUGAUAGAAUUAUUAUUUUCAUAUAUAAUAGAUUUUGAUUCAUUUCCAUGUCAAAUUCUAUUUUUUUUUCCUUUCUCACUUGUAAUUUUUCACCUUAAAUGUUAUAAAAAUGCAUGGAGAGAAUAUUUCUAUUGUAUAUAAUUCAUAGUUGUUUCAUUUUCCUUAAUAGAUUCUAUAUUAAAAAUAAUGGCAAUUUGGAGUAAUAAUUACUAAUAUUAAAUAGGUAAUUCUUUCAUCAUUCGUUCAUUUCAAUUUUUGUACAUGAAUCUACAGGGUAUGUUUGAAUUCAGUUUCACUUUUCUUUUAGUUAGUAAAAAAAAUUAUAUAUAUCAAAAAUUUUCUAUCACAACAAACCGCAAUUUAAAGUGUUUUUCCUUUUUUUCUCUUGUCAGAAUAACAUUUUUAUUUACCGUGUUCCUUUUUUUCCUCUUUCACCCUCUCUCAUACUCUGCAUUGCGGAGAAAUUGAAAAUUUUCAUAAUGUCUUGUGUAUAUUUUAAAUUACCUCACGUUUUUUUUUUUCAUCUCCAUGUUUAGAAAGAUUUCAUCUUUGUUUCCUUUAGGCUAAAAGUAUUAAAAUUCAAUAGAAGAGUCGUGUGUUUACAGUGCACAAAAUAUUUUUUCUUAUCAUUGUGAUUCUUAAUUGUGGGUUUCAAUCUUAAUAAUUCCAUCAUUCAGGGUUCCAUCGUAAAUAUUACUUUUUUUUUCUUCUUCUUCUUGUCAUUUAAAUAUGGAUGAGCAAUUACAUGUUCAAAAAAUACACAUUUACUCUAUUACAAUAUAUUCGUUUUGAAAAUAUAUAUUUUACAGUACAAAGAGACCAAGUCAGUUUAUUUAAUCCCCUCUUUUUCAUCAAAAUAUUAAUUACCGAUUUCUCAAAACGCGUCUCUUUUCACCGUCAAUAAAUUUAUUAUCCUGUUCAUAAUUCAAAUGUAUAAGAAGGUUCCUUCAUCUCUCCUCUUUUUUUUUCACCACAGAGAAAGAGGUGCUUCAAUAAGUGUUUAAAAAGAAAGUUCUGCCGACUUAUGAUGUUAAGGACACAAAAUAUCCUGAAGAAAAAAACUUAUCACAGGCAUGGUAAAAAUAUUUAAAGUUCUCUCCAAGUGUAUACGUAUUUUUUGCAUCUCUCUUCUUCUGUAUGUUUACUCGAAUAUGAGAAAAAAAGAUAUAUAUAUAUAUUCAUUUCUUGCUCAUUCGUAGACUUUUGCUCUGCAAGAAACAAAUUGUUAUUGUUUAAUUAUAUUAGGCAUAUUAUCAAUUUACUUAAUUCUCUUCACAAUUACUUCUUUCUAUCUUAUUGAAAUUUACAGUGAUUAUUCUCUUAAACAGUUAAAUUAAAUGUCAAAUAAAAACAGCUUAAAAUGAAAAUAAUUGCACUGAAUACAUAGUUUUUUUUUUGUUUAUCAAUAUUACCUCCGGAAACCGUUAAUAUCAUUUUCUCACCUUCUCACCAUCUCUCAAAAUACAAUAAAAAGGGAAGCGUAUUUCGUGAUAUGUCAUUUUGAUCAUUUUAGGAAGUAGGAAAAACAGAUGAUAACAACAUAAAAAAAAACACAAACUAAAAUACUUUCAAGGAGUAUAAAAUACAUGAAGAAAGAAUUCUGUAAAUUUCAAUGAGAUUCGAGACUAAUUCAAAAAUUGCAAGGGCAAAAUAUUUAGCAUUUACGCGGUAACAACUUUUUUUUUUGCUCUUCUUUCUCAAAAUUCUAAAUUUUCCCAAAUAAAAUCUACAAAAACAUGUUUUUUUUGUUUGUCCACAGAUCGUUUCCUAAAUUAAGUAACCGCCAUUACAGUUAAAAAUCUAUUACAUUAUACUCUAGCAUGAUUGAACCUGUUUUUUUUCACUCCCUAACAAUACAUUUCUUUUUUUAUUUUACUUAAACAAACAUUACUCUCUCUUCUUAUGCUCUUCAUUCCAGCUCUCUAAAACCGCUAGGAAAAAGUUUGAUUUUUCAUUGAAUUUUUGUAAUAUUUUUUUUUGGUAAACUCCUUCCUGCUCAUUUAACACUUACUAUAUUAUGUACAUAAGAAAAAUUGUAAAUAUUUUUUUCAUUAUUGCUUAUGUUUAUAUCUUUAUUUCCAAAUUCUCUCUUCACCUUGUCGCGCAUGCCUUGUCUCAAUUAUAUGUGGUUCAUUCUAAAUUACUCCUUAAAUCUCAUCUCUUCGUCAUUUGUCCAAAGCACAAAAUAUUACUCUGUUACAUCACUACAUCACUAAAAAAAAGACUUUGAAGAUGAAUUACACAAUCCAUACAUUAGGUGAAUAUUAUUACUACAUUUCGAAAAAAGACUUAAUCUUUAAUAUAAAUAUUUAUUAUAUGUAUAUAUAUAUAUAUUUAGGAAAAAAUAAUGGCACUAUUUUGUUUUCUUUUGUCAAAAUUUACGUUUUACACAUUGUCGUCUCAUCGACUUAAGUUCUCAUUUUUUUAUGCUUCUGUCUUACACCAUUUAGGAUAAUUGAACACCGAUAAGUUUGAAGAAAUCCACAAAGAGGAGCGAAAGGUUUUUAAAUUAAAGAAUUUCUUCUCACAGAAAGAUUCUUGACGAUUAAUUUUAGCAUUUUCUUCAUCAUCUGUCACUAUUUUGAAAUUGACAUUCUAUUAAUUAGAGAUAAAAUUUCCAUUCGUCUGUCUUCCUUUCAUCUUGAUCAUCUGAUAUGUAAAAUACAACAUUACAAGAUUUCUAGCAAAAAUUCACUACAUUUUUUUUUUCUUCCUUGGAGAUGCAUUUUAUAUUCAAUAAAUUGUCGAAAUGUUUAAUUUGUAUAAACAUCAACACGAAUAAAUAUAUUUAUAUAUCAGGAUAUUUUCGAAAAAGGGGCUCUCAGUUGCUUCACGUCAAUAUCUAUUCCUUAUUCCAAUGUCAGUUUCUUUUUAUUUUCUUCUUUAUUAGAUAAAUUUGAUUGGUGUUGAUUGAUUGAUGCUUUUUUUCUUUUACCUCUUCACAAUCUCAAUUUGUUCUCACUACAGAAACACACUACAUUAUCUCUAUUUCUUAAUACCACUAGAGAAAAAUGGAUUGAAAGUUUAGCACUGUGUCAUUUAUUACGUUUAGAAGUAAGUUUAUACGUGUUGAUCGCUGUGUAUUUAUGCACUUUUUGAUAAUUUCUUUGCAGUGUCUAUUCACUAUUACUAUUUUACCUCUCAUCUUCACUUAUUUUCUCCAUCUUGCUAUGAAAUAUUGUGUAAACAUAUUGUGACAUUAUCGAGCACUUCUAAUAUGCACUCCUUCUACAUUACUCUAUUAAAGUGUUUUAUUAACUUGUAAAUGUUUGUUGUUUCUUCUCUUCUUCUUUUUUUUUAGUAGGAUAUUGUAGUUGAGUUUCACACUUCCCAUUUCUCUCUAUUUAUCAUCUAUAGAAAAAAAGAAUUCAAAAUAUAAUUCUUCUCCACUGCAUAAAAUUUGAUGAAACCAGAGGGUUUUGCUUUCACUCUAAAUCAGUUUGCUGCUUAAGUUGUAAGACUUAACUAUUAUACACCACAUAUUCCGAAAAGUUCAACGCCAAAAUCAUGAAAUACUCCUCACUUGUCACUGUGUCUAAUUUUAUGAAUAUAUAAACCUGAGCAUAAGUCUAUUUUUAAAUAUUAUUCUUGUUUUUUAGCUUCACUUUAAGAUACACAUUAAUUUUAUAUAUCAUUUUUUCUUCCUUUAAUAGUUAUUACAAAGAUUUAUCAUCUUCUUCUCUUAUUGUAAUUUCUCACCGUGACUGUCUUGGUCACAGCAACGCCCUAUCGAUCAUCAUCCUAUUACCCUUUCAUAUUUCUGGUAUUUCUUCCGCUGUCACCCACUAAAUAAUUAAGGAAAUCACAAAUAAGCUUAUCUCUCAUCGACACAACGUCUUUCAUCAUUCGAAAAAUAAAAUUAUAAAGGACAAAAACUCUUGUGCAAAUAUAUUUGUUCAUCUCUGUAUUCAUCAUUAAAGGUAGCAGUUGUAAAAGUCAUUCAAAAAAUCAUAAGAAAAUUAAACAAAAAAUAAUACGAGUGAUUGAAAAUGGAAGUUUAAUUGUAUAGAUUAAAAACUUGUAAAUAGAACAAAAAUCAGCAAUCAUUUAGACUCUUUAAAAUCUUUGAGGAACUUUAAAUUGUUGAUAACAUGUUUUCUCGCAAUAUUAUUAAGUUUACAUACAUAUUGUUUUCUCUAUUCUCCCCUCCAGUUUCCUGUUAUUCCUGUCAUUCACUCACACAUAAUCUCUCCAUUCGCAUAUUUCUGUACCAGUUCUCCAUAAUUUUCUUCUUUUUUUUUACUUCAUUACAUAUUAGAAAAUGUGUAAGUGUAAAUUUGUAAAUCAUUGGGUUUCCUUUAUCAGAUUACUCUUGAUUUUUUUUUCUUCUCAUAAAUAGUAAAUAUAUUUUUCUACACAACUUCAUUCUUUUUUGAUGAAUUUUACUUGCUUUCUUGCAUUAUUUUUGCCUACAAAAUCUCAAUAUUAUUUUCAUUUUAUAUGUAAUUCUUUCACCACUUCCUCAAUCUUCCCCUUUCUCCCGCCUAAUAUUCAAAUUAUACAUUCACUGAAAAUUCUCGAAAAAGCGUUAUGUACCGUUACUUCAAUGUAUAUGUAUAAUAUAUAAAUAUAUAGUAAAAUACUCCUUAUUAUAAUGUUAUAAUAUGUAAAAUUUAAGGCAAAAAAUAUCAUCAAAUAUAUACUUUGGAUUGUUUUCAGCUAUACAUUACUUUUUUUCAUCUCAUCUUCUUUAUUUCAUCUCAUAUUUUUUUCUUCUUCCAUUUAUUUAAAUUCAAAUAUUGUGAAGUUUUCAAAAAUUAAUUAAUAAAAAUGCAUCCUUACCAAGUAACAUUAACAAGUAAUCAGGUUGUAAAAUAUCUCUACUUAUUUGUUAAUACAAAUAAUAAACAAAUAAAAAAAAUAACACACACGUUAAAAAAAAAUUCUGGUACAGCGUGUCAUGACAAUUUGAAUAUAUGUAUAUAUAUAUCUAUUGACGAAAAAGUAAACAUAAAAAGGAAUUUGAAUACGCGUUUCCCCUUUUAUACACACGAAGCAUUUAGAAAUCUACUAAUAAAAAAAAAACUCUAAUUUUUUAUACCUAAGAUUUGUGGUUGAAAUAAAGAGUACGUGUUAUUUCCUUUCUCCAAUUCGUUCUGUUACAGGUAAAAAAUUCUUUUUAAAUUUUCAUCACACAAAAAUCAUCACACCUUAUAAAUGUAAAAGAAUAAUUAUAGUUAAUAGUAAACAAGGGACCAUGAAAUAUGACAGGGAAAAUGUAUCAAAAUAAUAAUGAAAAGAUACCAGUAUCAAUAAAAAAUACACUACUACAAUCUAUUUAGACCGGUUCCGUUCACAAUGUAGCAUCUUUGAUUGCAUAAAAUUCUCAUCAUGACUCUAAAAAAUAUUACAUUUGAAAAAAAAUUUCACACGUCGUUUGUAUUUAUAUCCAUGAGUUAAUUAAAAAAAAAUCAAUAUAACAACUUCUUACAUAAUCAUUAAUAUUUAGAAACAUAAAUCAGUCGUAUUUGCUUAGUAAAAUCGUAUAUAUUUUAAAAAGUUACAAUGACAAAAAAUAACAAAUGAAAAAAACAUCGAAUUUUCCCUUUUUACAUGAACAUAAACUUCAUUCAAUAUAUAAUGUCUUCUCUUUUUCAUUGUGAAUGUUGGCAUUAGUCUACAGUUACUAAAGUGAGGUUCAAAAGGAGUACAUACAUAAAAGACACUAAAAGGUGCGUUAUUCGUAGCAUUACACAUAAUUCUGUCCAUUGUCUCAAUCUUCUUCUAUGUUUUUCUUUUGCUAAUGGAACCAGUCAUUUAUCUUCAGUUGCAUUUCAUCCUUAUUCUUAUCUCUGUUCCCUUCUUUUUUUUCAUUCAUUACAACAAGAAAACGCGAUUCAAUCGAGUUCAAUAAUAAUAAAUACCUUAUAAUGUACAUUAAAUGUAAUUGUUUCUAAAAAUUGACUCAUUUGUGUUUUUUUCUCUCUCAUUAUUUCCAUUUUUUUUCUUCUUCUUCUUCUUUAUUUCUUAGUGUAUUUUGGGGAAAAAAUAAGAAAAAUAGUUUCUAUCUUUUCCACUGAGGUUCUCUCUAAAAUUAUCUCUUUAUAAUUAAUAUGAAAAAAAAACUUGUAGAAGCGAUUAAAUUCUAAAGGAAAAAAAAAAUUUCUUCUUGUUAUUUGUGUAAGAAUAAAAAGGGGAAAAAUCUUCUUCUUCUUCUUCUUCUUUCUCUCUCUCAUCCUAAUAUUGUAUGUAUAUAUAUAUAUUAUAACGCAUUGAAGAUUGAAUAAAAAAAAAGUAAAA